AUGGGAAAUAGAUGGAUAAUUUAUAUUUUAGAAAAAUAGAACAGUUAAUCAAUUGAUUUCAUAAACAUUGUAUCUACAUAUAUAGAUCCUGAGAAUCUUCAAACUUUUGACAAUCAUUAAUUGGCAAAAUUAACUACUAUAAGCUACUUUUUAUAUAUAAACAAUAACAUUAUAGAAUGA